UCUCCACCGAAGCCCUUUCCCUUUCUCUCUCCCUCAAACCUUCGCGACUUCCUUCCUUCUGCUUCCCCAUCUCAGCCCUUCUUUCUCUCUCCUUAUAAUCUCUGCUACGUCAUGUGGUUGCUACCCAGAUUGUCGCACUUCGCCGCUGUGCCGAUUUCCCUGCGAUUUUUGUUCUUCUCCUCGACCGCACCCCGAUCUCCCUCCUAAUCCCUGCCCGCCUCCGCCGUACAACGUGAUGUCGGCGGUGGUUUCACCGGCGACUGCGCCGCCGGACAGAUCCUCGUCGGAGGAUCAAUUCCAGCCAAGCAACUCGGCCCGAAAGUCACGCCCCGCACGGGCGUGCACCGCCCGUACGUCAGCUCGACUGCAGCCCCCCUUGCCGGUGCUGGAACGCCGCUCCAUCACCGGAGGUGUCAUCACCCGUCGGGAGAAAGAGGAGCAGCAGCCGGCUAGCAGGAUCAUAACCUCGCUAACGCAGCCGCCAACGCCGGCGCAGCUUCCGCGGUGGAGUCUCCGCUCCAUGUGGGAGCUGGCCUCCGUGCUCAACUUUUUGAACGUAUUCAGACCGCUGCUGAAUAUAUCGGUUGAGUUCUCAGCAGAGGAGCUUGAGACGGCGCUGCUGGUGCCGAAUAGUACAUUGGAUGACAUUCACAUUCCGCUGCUAAAGGCUAUACCACCUGUUAUCCGCAUGGCUUUAGGUCGGGCAACUUGGGUUACAGUUCUAUGCAGGAAGAUAAAAGAUUGGUGGCAUUGGGUAGCAGAUGGGGAGAUACCGAUAGUUGCAUCACAUGGGUCCGAGGUUGAGAUGUACAAGAAUCUUGAACCACCAAUCCGUGUGUUGAUUUUAAAAGCAUUAUGCGAUAUUCGUGUGGAGCAAGAAGACAUUAGAAAUUAUAUUGAUGAUUCUUUGAAACAUGGUGCACAUCUUUCAAUGUUUCGUAAAGAUCGUAUUGGUGGUGAUUCUCAUGGAGUUUCAUACUGGUAUGAGGAUGAUGAAAUAAUAGGUCAUCGAUUAUAUCGAGAAAUAAGAAAAGUUGAAGCCAAGAAGGGCAAGGGAAAAGCUGUUCCUGCACCUCCUAAUACUUCCUACCAAUGGGAAAUGGUUGCAUCUAAUUUGGAUGAAUUUCAAGAAGUUUCAGACAAACUUCUUGAAAGCAAGAAUAGGACGGAAGUUUCACUGGCAAAGAAGUUAAAAAUUGAUAUUUUGCCAGAGGUUGACAAAAUCCAGAAGAGGAAAGAUCGAUUGUUGAAGAAGCAACACAGGCAAGCUCUCCUUCUUGAUAGCUUUGUGAUUUCUGAUGGGAUUUCUUCUGGAAGGUCUCUCCGGGACAGAAAACCUGUCACUUAUACAUUUGAUGACUAUGAUAGAUCCAUAAAUGAGGCUAUCAAGAUCACCAAGAAAAGGCAAAAUUCUCCGGAGCAAGUUAUCAAAAGAGAACCUAUUGCCAAACCUGUUUCCAAUGGUGGAUUAAAUGGUGAACCCCUCACUCCUCAGCUUGCAUAUGAUGUGCAAUCACCAAAUCCCAUUGAAUAUGAAGAAACUGAUGAUGAAUUUCGCACUAGCCCACUUGAUCGAAGCAACCGAAGAAGGAAAAGGCCUCAAAGAUAUUCUGAAAAGGAAUUUGUUGAAGCCAUUUCAGAUAAUGAGGCUUAUUUUGAUAGUGACGACGAUAUCGUUGGAGAGGCAGUAUACGACGAUGAAUAUCUAAGAAGUAGAAAGCAGAAGGUCUCUAGUAGCUCUGAAGGGGACGAGGAGUACCGUUGGGAGGAUAAUGCAGAAGAUGAGGAAGAAUAUGAAGAAGAUGAAGAUGAAGAUUCAUUGAGCAUUAGUGAAGAUUCAGUUGAGCGUCGCCAGCACAAGAAGCUUCGAAGUCGUGGCAGGCGUGGAGCAAAAUUGAGAUCAGUAGAUGAACUCCAGAAUGGACUCAGACGAAGCAAGAGGUCGACAAAGCCGCGUAUAAAUUACCAGCAAUACGAACUUUCAGAUACCGACGCAGAGUCAGAAAAGGCUGAUAAUUCAAACGUGUCUGAUGCUGCCUCAGAUGCAAUGAAUGAUGAUCUAGAGCUCUCGUCAGCUAGCCAUGGCUCUCAAGACGAGGAAGCAGAAGAUGAAGAAAUGAACGAUGAGAAGAUCGAUCACAAACAACUCGAGGAGACUACCAGUGAAGCGCCCCAAUCCCAACCUCCAGAAAAAGCUGAAAGCCCAAUACAGGAAGACGGCGUGCCAAGGCGGCGAUUCCUAGACCUCAAUGAGCUCGCACCCGGAACAAGCUUCGAGGACGGUCCCAACGCAAUGAUCAAGGAUGAAGAUGACAACAUUUAGGUGAUUAUCACCCAAAUCAAGUUCUUCAUAUCCCAGCCUUUUCUAUGUACCCAUUUUUUUCUUAGGAAGUAUAGAAAUUGAGGGCUGAGGGGGUAUAAAAUACUGAAAUUUUGAGUCCCCAUCAUGGGGAUUCUCCACAGAUCCCGGUUUGAAUUUCAGGCCUGAGGUAAGGCAUGAAAUGGAGAUUGUAGGCCUACUGAGAUAAAUCCGAAAAGCCGAAAAACCGAUAUAAGAUUGUAAGAAUGUGUAGAUAGAUCAUCACCUUAUCUUUAUUGUCAGAUCAAGUUGGAUUUGUUUCUUGAUCAGACAAGACAAAUUGUAGGAACUUUGUCCAUUAUCUUCCAUGGAUCUACACAUUUUGGUCUACAAUGUCCCUUUAUUUGCCUCUACUGAUCAAAUGUUACAACAUCUAACUAGAAGUGGGGAACAUAUAUUUAAGGUUCAGGCAUUAUAUGUGAUUUAUUAAAUACAAUAUGAGCCUUGUAUUUUAUGGUUCAGUAAGUAUGAACUAUUUAAUUAGAAUUCUAAAGAAGAUUGAGAGCUUUUUCCUUCA